AUGCUACACAGGAACGUGACGGCGCUAUCCGACUCUGCCUCCACGAACGUGACGGCGCUAUCCGACUCUGCCUCCACGAACGUGACGGCGCUCUCCGACUCUGCCUCCACGAACUCCACGGCGCACUCCGACCAGGCCUCCACGAACGCGACAGCGCUCUCCGACUCUGCCUCCACGAACGCGACGGCGCUCUCCGACCAGGCCUCAAAGAACGCGACGGCGCUCUCCGACAAAGCCUCAAAGAACGCGACGGCGCUCUCCGACCAGGCCUCAAAGAACGCGACGGCGCUCUCCGACCAGGCCUCAAAGAACGCGACGGCGCUCUCCGACCAGGCCUCAAAGAACGCGACGGCGCUCUCCGACCAGGCCUCCAAGAACGCGACGGCGCUCUCCGACCAGGCCUCCAAGAACGUGACGGCGCACUCCGACCAGGCCUCCAAGAACGUGACGGCGCACUCCGACCAGGCCUCCAAGAACGUGACGGCGCACUCCGACCAGGCCUCCAAGAACGUGACGGCGCACUCCGACCAGGCCUCCAAGAACGUGACGGCGCACUCCGACCAGGCCUCCAAGAACGUGACGGCGCACUCCGACCAGGCCUCCAAGAACGCGACGGCGCACUCGUCUGAGGAAAUGAACCAGAAAUUGGCUCAGGCUACACUGAACUAUGGGGCAGGGUGUAUAUUGCCCCUCUACAUCAAAUCUCGUUUUGAUGGCACUAAAACUCAGUAA